AGCGCCUCUGUUUUGACUGCAGAGCCAGUUAAAGCAGCAGAUGCCUGGAUGACCCCUCCUGGAUGAGCCUGAGAAGAUCCUACCCUCCUUCACACCACCUCUCUCACUCUGAGUCUCCUCCUUAAGUUUAAAAGCUGAUAACGACUAAGUCUGUAGGAGAUUCUUUCAAGGGUUUUUUUUUUUUCGUUUUGGAAAAAAAUGAGAAGAUCAGGGGAAGCUGACAUGAGAGGGGAUGCUCCACAGAGAGGCAUGAAGACCACAUGUCUGUGGGCCGCAGCUGCUCUUCUGUCACUCAUCUCUCUUGUGACCAGUGCUGAUUCUCCAAACUCAGGAAGUCCAGACUUGAGACAGAGCUCCAAAUCCAAAGUAAAAACCUACUGGACUGAAAGCAACAAGGCUGUCUCCAUAAGUCGUCUCCUGUCUCAAACCAUCUAUGGAAAGGAGAACUUUACCUCUGUGGAUCUGAACUAUGAUGAGGCAGACUCCUACUCUAAACAGGAGCAGUGGAACUGGCUUUACAACAUUUCGACUCCACGUGAUCCUCGAUCUCGGACAAAAAGAAGGCCUAUUGUCAAGACUGGGAAGUUCAAGAAGAUGUUUGGCUGGGGUGAUUUUCAUUCCAACAUCAAGACUGUAAAGCUGAACCUGCUCAUCACAGGUAAAAUUGUGGAUCAUGGAAACGGCACCUUUAGUGUCUACUUCCGGCACAAUUCAACAGGCCAGGGCAACGUUUCUGUUGGGCUCGUUCCUCCAACAAAGGCAGUGGAGUUCCAGGUCCACCAGCAGCAUCAGCACUUCCACCAUCAUCACCAGCAGCAGCAGACGGCCCUGGAGACCAAGGACACCAAGCUGUUCAACUGCAGGGUGGAGUAUGAAAAAGUGGAGAAGGGCACCAGGAACUCGCUGUGCGCCCAUGACCCCUCACAGAGCUGCCCACAGGAGCAGACCCAGAGCCAUGUGUCCUGGUUGUGCUCUAAACCAUUUAAAGUCAUUUGCAUCUUCAUUACCUUCUACAGCACUGACUACAAGCUGGUGCAGAAGGUCUGUCCGGACUACAACUACCACAGCGACACCCCUUACCUUCCCACCGGGUGAUCACAUGAUCAAACAGGAUCCAAGAAAAGACAACGGCUGUGGCCCGGAUCCAUUUCAGAAUCCAAUUCCAGAUGUUGACAGAUUUUCUUUUAUAUCCUUGUGACAAGAUUGAUAUGAUUCCAGUGAGGAACUCCAGCCUGAGGUCGUUGUGAAAGCAUCUAGGGAAGCACUUCUAGGCUUGCAAUACCCAUAUUAUAUGCAUAGCUGCUUACAUGGAAAGGAAUCUCUCAAGCCAACUGUGAGGGUGUGCUGAUUGUAUUAUGUAAAUAUUCUGGACCCAAUACAAAAAAAAGACCACAAAUUUCUUAAUGUUUUUCCUCCUGCUAAUUUACUUGUUUAUGUUGAUGGUGUAUUUCCGUCUCAAUCAUGCUUUGUGUCUUCUUCAAUCAGUCUCUGGUAAUCUUUGCAAAUGCAUAAAUGUCAAUGCAAAUAAGCAGAAUCUGUCAGUGUGUGUUAGAGGGCGUAAUGGAAAAAGCAAACAUAUUUCGAGUGGUGUUGUUUUCUGCAGUGUGGUUCGUUAGAGUGAGUAUAUCUCUCUGAUAUCGUUGUCGGACUCUCAUCCAUGUUCAUGCAUGAACCGAAUGUGGUGAAUUGCUAAAUAGGGCCCUUUUAUAUUGUCAUUUUAUUGCACCUGUCAAAAGAAAUCUUCGUCAAGUCUCAACUGUGACAGGAAACAAGGAGAAAACAGUACUUUUGGUUCAAUUCUGUGUCGUCUGUUUGGAGGUUCUUGAGCGGCACUGAAUGACACCAUCACGGAGCUCCAAACGGAUCAAAAAUGUUGCAAUAAAUGAAUAAAUACUGCAGAAGACAUGUAAGAUGACAGAGAUACAGAAGGUUACUUUCUGUGCAGUGCUUUAAAAAUAUUCUAAAAUAACUGUGUUCUAAAUCUGCUCCUUUCUUAGUGAUGAAUUUAUUUUUUUUAGGAAUUUAAAUGUUGCUUUUCUGUCUGUUGCAUAAAACAAGCAUGCUGUAAUAAAAUUCAGCUCCUGCUGCACAAC